GAGCGGCCCCCGCCGAGGGGCCUGGCGGGCGGCGGAGCCCCGCGGGCGAGCGGGGGCCAUGGCGGCGCGGAGCCGGGGCUCGCUCUCUCUGCGGCGCCGGCUGCAGAGCUCGCAGGAGGCGCAGCGGCGGCAAGCGGUGCUGGUGCGGAAGCUGCAGGCCAAGGUGGGGAGCGGGGGUGCCUGCCCGGGGCUGAAGAGCUUUCUGCCAGGCAGGACUCUAUCAGUUCCCUGCUGCACCAGCACAGACAGCAGGAGGAAAAGUGCAGGAAGCUGCAGCAAAGGCUUGAGGAACUGGAGGAGGAAUGCAAGACGUCCUGCAGCCACCAGCAGCACCUCCAGUCUCUGGUAGAAGCACUCAAAAGUGACUGUGCAAGCCUUGAGAAAACCAGGGAAGAGCUACAGCAACAGCUUGAGGUAACAGAGCAAGAAGUCUGGCGUCUGCGCCAGAGUAACACUGAGCUGCAGCUGAAAGAAGAUUCAGCCCAGGGGGAAAAGGUGGAGCAGCAAGAGACGGUGGAGAGAGCACGUCAUGACCAGGAGCUCCUGCAUGCAAAUUAAAUGUUACCGGUUCUAAGUUGUGGAACCUCAUGAUUUGUGUGGUACUCCAGUACCAGACUUGCUGCCAGGAGUUGGAGCAGCAGCUGGAAGCAGGAGGGGGAUCCCUUCCAGACAGGUGGGGAGCCACAGAAGACCACAGCCUGGAGAAGGCACUGCUUCAGUUGGAAGAGGAGCAGCAAAGGUGUGAGAAUCUGGCAGAAGUGAAUACUCUCCUGCGGGAGCACCUCAAUAAAGCGAGUGAAGUUAAUUCGGCCCUUAAAGAAGAUAUUGGAAAACUGACGUCAGAUUGGAUGAGGGCCCGGGAGGAGCUGGAUUUGAAGGAGAGUGAGUGGCGCGAUGAACGUGAGCUUUAUGACAGCUACUUCAGGGGUGAGCGUAACCGUCUACUGAGCCUGUGGCGUCAGGUGGUAACCUUCCGCCGUCACUUCCUGGAAAUGAAGACCGCCACUGACCGAGAUUUAUCAGAGCUGAAGGCAGAGCAAAUGAGGCUUUCUGGAUCUAUACUUGUAAACUGCUCCCGCCAGAACUCUGGCAUACAGCUCUGGGAGCCGGCCAGGAUGGGUAGAGCUGUACUAAAGGAUCAUGCACAACAGCAAGGAGAACAGGAGAUAAGCCACAAGGGUCAGGAAGUGCCAAGCUUCCAAGUCAAGGGGGACCUGGAGAAGAAGGAGCUUCAAGACAGGGUGCUGGAGCUCUCAGCUUUGCUUGUACAGUCUCAGAAGCAGAACGAGGAGAAGGAGAAGACCGUGAAAACACUUAACGACACUGUGGAGAUUCUAGAGGCAUGUCGGUUAGAGAAAGAAAAUGAAGCGACAUUGACUAAAAGAGCCAAAGAAGAGAAUCUCUCCCUCCAAAAGGUGAUAAAAGAUAUAACUCAGGUGGUGCUAGAUGACAGUGAGAGCAUGGUCAGCAUUAUCUUCACUGAGAGUUCCCAGCACGCAGAGUCUAGCAACAUCCUCUCUUGCCUGAGCUCCAUUGAUGCAGAGGAUGCCUUUGCAUUGAUUCAGGAAGCACUGGCAAGGAGGAGAGGAGCAACACAGGCCCUAAAAGAAGAGCUUUCUGCCAGGCAGGACUCUAUCAGUUCCCUGCUGCACCAGCACAGACAGCAGGAGGAAAAGUGCAGGAAGCUGCAGCAAAGGCUUGAGGAACUGGAGGAGGAAUGCAAGACGUCCUGCAGCCACCAGCAGCACCUCCAGUCUCUGGUAGAAGCACUCAAAAGUGACUGUGCAAGCCUUGAGAAAACCAGGGAAGAGCUACAGCAACAGCUUGAGGUAACAGAGCAAGAAGUCUGGCGUCUGCGCCAGAGUAACACUGAGCUGCAGCUGAAAGAAGAUUCAGCCCAGGGGGAAAAGGUGGAGCAGCAAGAGACGGUGGAGAGAGCACGUCAUGACCAGGAGCUCCUACUGAAGGACGUAUCUGCGCUCGAAGGAAAACUUUCAUUAUUACAGAGUGAGUUGGUAAUUGCGAGAGAGACACUGAAGGAGUUGUACCUUCAGAGGGAUCUGCUGAAACAAGAGAAACAGGAGCUUACCAUGGCACUGGAGAAGGCAGAGCAGUCGGGAGCAGAGCUGACAGGGGCUCAGAAUAAUCUGAGUGCUGAAAUAGCUGAUCUACAUGAUGCAGCAGUGAAGAUGAGCAGUAUCAAUGAAGCUCUUGCACUGGAUAAAGUGCAGCUGAACAAACUUGUGUUGCAGCUGGAGCAAGAGAAUGAAGUUCUGUCAGGUAAAGUGGAUGAGAUGGAGAGAGCAAAGAUCUCUGCCCAGGAGAAGCUGAACUGGUGUGAAAGAACAAAUGCAGAGCUCAGUGCAGAGAAAGCCCACCUGGAGCAGCUGCUGAAGAUAGCAGAGGAGCAACAGGAGGGGUUGCGGGUAGAGCUGAGGAUACUGGCAGAGGAGAAGGCAGAAACCCAAGAGAAGCUCAAUCAGGUUUGCUGCCAGCAAGAGUCAGCUAGCAGUGGUCUGGAGCAGUUGCGCCAAGAGUCCUCUCGCCAAGGGUAUGCACUGGCCAAGGUGUUCAAGGAGAAGGAAUUCCUGGUGCAUGAGAAGGCUGCCCUAGAGGUGCGACUGGAAGCCGUGGAGCGGGACAGACAAGGCCUUUCAGAGCAGCUGGCAGAGGCCAGGUCAGUGAAGGAGACACUGGAAUCCAGCCUGUUUGAGGCUCAGCAGCACUUAUCUCAGCUGGAGAUCUCCAGCAGUCAGCUUGAAAUCCAACUUCACACAGUCAUGCAGGCCAAGGAGGUGAUACAAGGGGAAGUGAAGUGCCUUCAAUGUGAGCUGGAAGCAGAGAGAUCUCUAAUGAGGCAGGAACGGGAAAACAUGGCACAACAACUCUUGCGGACAGAACAGCAGUAUAACAAUACCCUCAGACUUCGGCAAAAUGAUCAUGAAGUGGAAAUAAAGAAGCUCAUGCAAGACCUGGCAAGUGAGCAGGAAGGGCACCAUUCAGAGCUGCAGGAUAUGCUGGAGCAGUGGGAAAAGGAGAAGGCAGAGACAGAAGGUGAGCACAAGAAGAAGAUGUUCGAUAUGAAGCAGAAAGUUGCUACCAUGCAAGCUCAACAAGAAGAGGAACGAACCAGAGUUGAAAAUGCCAAGCAAGAGGUCCUGCUAGAAAAGGAGCGUGAGAAGAAUGUGUUAUUAGAGACUCUACUCCAAACUCAGGGAGAGCUAAGAGAAGCCUGCCAGCAGGUAGAGCAGCUCAGGCAGGAGGUGGAAGAGCAGCGAGAGAAUGGGCAGAACAUCACAGAAAAGCUGCAAGCAGAGCUGCAGGAAACUCAGAGUAAGAUCAAGGCAAUAGAGAAGAGGCACGAGGAAGAAGUCAAAACCAUGAAAGAGGAAAUUAAUAUCCUUCUUCAGCAGAGGGAUGCUCUACAAAAACAGGUGGAAGAGUUGACCUCUCAACUAGCAGCUUCUGAAGAGUCCCAGCAAGUGAUUGGCCGCAAAGCUGAGCAAGAUGUGUGUGAGGCUCAGGAACUGUCAAGGCAGAAGGUACUGGAGGUGGUGCAUCUCCAGAAGAUUCUAGAGGAGGAGAGGAGUCAAUGGGAGAAGGUAGAACAUCAGAAUAAGGAGCUGCAAGUGUGUCUGCAGUCCUUGGAGGGGGAAAGGAGUCGAUGGGAAGAAGUGGAGUAUCACAACACAGAACUUCAGGCUUUGUUGAAGGUCCUAGAGAAUGAAAAAAACAGGCUGACUCUGUCCCUGGAAGAGAGGGAACUGAGCCUCAGAACCCUGGAAGAAAACAACCUUGCCCAGCACGAGGAGGUGUCUCGGCUUCUUUCUGCUAUUCACCAGGCUGAGCAGCUCCAUUCAGACCACAGAAGAGAAAAACAAGAGCUCAACAAUCAGAUACAGUCGCUGCAGGCAGUAGUGCUGGAGAAGGAGGCUGGCCUGGCAGCUCAGGAGAAGCAGCUGCUACAGGAUCUGGAGGAGUCGAAAGCAGGUGAACAGCGCUUGAAGGACUCUUUGCAUGUGCUGGAGGCUGAGAUGUCCGAACUGCGUUUGACGCUUUGUAGCACAGAGAACAAAGCAAAGGCAUUGGCCACAGAGUGUCAGCAGGCUCACAGUGCCCGCUGUGAAGCCCGAUCCCAGCUGGACAAACUGCACUUGGUUCUCCACCGCAUGAUCUGGGACAGCAGAGACUUAGUCACUUCGAGUUCAGAACAGGGUCAUGUCUGGAGCCUAGCUGUUUCUCAGGCCAGGGACCUCCCUGCAGAGCUCACAGCGGACAGAGUGGCAGCAGCCCUACAAGACCUGCAUCAGCACCUGAAGCAGACUCAGCAAGAUCUGAAUGAUGCGAGAAAGAAGAUACAGGACUUGGAGCUGGAGCUGAGCAAGAGGCAAGCUGAGAGGGACCAUUUCAGUACCCACAAUCAAGAGCUGCAGAAACAGUUGGCUCAAAGCCAGGAAGAGACACAGAUGGCAGAACGCAAGAACAACUCCCUACAAGCUGCCUUGCAGGAAAAGUCCGCUGCUCUAAAGAAGGAGGCUGUGAGUCUACAUCAAGAGGUGGCGUCUUUGGAAAGGAAGCUCGAGAGCACUGAGAAGCAAAGAAAGGGUGUCCUGGUGCAGUCCAGAUCUGAGAAGAUAGGGAGUAUGCAAAUGCUGACCAAGCUUCCCUCAUUUUCCCCUUCCACUCAUCAUUCCUUGUUUCCCAGACUUGCUUGCCUGCCAGGCCAGGAUGAACGGGACAGACUGCAAGCAGUGAAAGAAAAACUGGUACGGGAGAUAAAAGCUCUUCAGGAAUCACUCACAGCCUCUGAAACCCGAGCAAAUACAGCAGUAGAUAUGAAUCACUACCUUGAGCAAGAACUCCAGACAACACUGUCUAUCUUAAAAAUUAAAAAUGAGGAGGUGGAAACGCAGCAGGAGAAAAUCCAUAUGCUCCAGACAGAGGCAGCACAGGGAAAAGCUUUGCAGGAGACUCUCACUCACAUGACUGACACCUUGUCAGAGAGGGAGGGAGAAAUGAAGUUGUACCAGGAACAGAUGAGAGUGAUGGAAAACCAGAAAGAAGUGCAUAAUAUGACUCUCGAUCAGGUUAUUGAGGCCAUAAUAGAGAAAAAAAGGAAGAUUGAAUCCCAGCUGGAACAGAUAGAGGAGCUGGAGAAGCAGCAAGAAAAACAAAAGAUUGCUGCAAGCAAAAUGAGCAAAGGGCUGGAAGAGAGAGACCAGAAGAUCAAAUCCCAGCAAGAACAGAUACAGCAGCUGGAAGAGCAGCGAGAAUUGCAGAGGGCUGUAAUGAGCAAGAUGAGCAAAGAGCUGGAGGAGAGAGACCAGGAGAUCAGAACCCAGCAAGAACAAAUAUGGGAGCUGGAGGAGCAGCGAGAAUUGCAGAGGACUGUAGUGAGCAAGAUGAGCAAAGAGCUGGAGGAGAGGGACCAGGAGAUCAAAUUACAGGAGGGGAAAAUAAUGAUUCUAGAACAACGUGAUGCAUCACAAGUGAGAAACCUGCUCAUGGAUCUUGAUCAUAUGAAAGAAAACUUGAAGGAGAAAAACAGCGAGCUUAUGUCUCUGACUCAGCAGAUCCGAGAACUGGAAAUGGGGAGAGGACAGGUGAAAUCUCUGCACACAAGCCUUGAACAGCUGAGGGCAGCUCUUAAGGACAAAGAAAGCGAGUGUGAUUCUCAAAGGGAUCAGUUAAGACUCUUGCAGCAGCACAAGGAACAGCAAGAGGGGCACCUGCAAGAGCUUCAUGGUAAAGUAGAAAAGAUGACACUUUCUUUGUCUAAAAAAGAUCAAGAGCUUGAGUCGCUUCGUGAAGGAAGCAUGAAAGUAGCACUAACGUCAUGCCAGAAGCAAGUGAAUCUGCUUGAGGAAGUGGUGAGGAAGAAAGACGAAGACAUGGAAACUCUUAUGCAAAAACUCCAGUGCCAAGAGGAAGAACUGAAGACCCUGAAGAAUCUCCAGCUAAGGCUAACCAAGAACGACAAGGUUAGACACCACAAAGAGCAAGAGAAGCUCCUGGAAGAAGCCUGGCCUGAGAGGGAACAAGAGACCAAGGUUCAAGAUGAGCAAAAAGAGUUAGAAGAGGAAAUAAGAGCUCUUCGGGAAGAUCUCCAGCAUGUUCAGCAGACUCUCACAAAGAAGGAUGAAGAGAUCACCUGCCAGAGAGACCAAGUCAGGUAUUUAGAAAAGACUCUGACAGGGAGAGAACAAGAGCUUAAGAGGCAGAGUGAGCUCCUGAAACAACUAACAUCAGCUUUGCGUUGGAAAGGUGAAGGGGAGACCUUAAAGAAACAAAUCCAGAAACUCCUAAAAUGGGAGGACGAGGAAGCCGAGAAGAGGAAAGUUCUUCAGGAGAGAGAUCAUCUCUUGCAAAGGCAGAAGGAGCUAACCCAACAACUGGAAGAUGAGCGGAAAGCAAAGGGGAAAGAAUUGGAGCGUCUGAUUGCUAUUUUGAAGCAGAGUGAAAGCGAAGAAAUUGAAUGGAAAGAGAAGGCACAAGCACUGACUCUUGCCCUUACCGAGAGUGAAAUGGCCAAUAGGACUCUGAAGGAGGAAAUAGCCAUCCUUCAGAGUAUGGUUUCGGAGAGGGACAAGGACCGGUUUCGUCUUCAGCAGGCUACUGCAAAAGGGGAGCAGCUAUCAUGGCUCUCAGAGAAGAGAGUCCUGUCACAGCGACUGGAAUGUUUGCAGCAAGCAGUUGCAAGACUGGAACUUGAGAAGACUGAGCUGAAGCAACUCAAUGCUGAGCUCAGGAGGACUCUUGAGCAGGUGGAACGUGAACGCAGGAGACUGAAGAGAAAUUAUGGUGGUCGGUCCCUUCCAGAUACAUGCAGAUUUCCCCAGCACAAGAUCCCUGCUUCGAGACAGGAGGAGUCUCAGGCUGGCUGCAGUUGUCGAUUAGGUGACUUGCAGAACCAGGUGUCCCUUCUGCAGACACAGCUGGCAGAAGAACGAAAAUACAAGCAGGACUAUAUUGAGUGCUGUGCAAAGACCAGCCAGGAGCUGUCAGACCUUCACCAAGAGCUGUCUUACUCCUUAGCAGCUGUGGUCAGGGAGCCUGAAGCUGCUGUUCUGGAGGCAGAGACCCGGAAGCUGGAUCAAUCUCUGAACCUUAACUUGGCAUUAACAUCUCUGGACCAUCAGUUUCCUGAGAGACAGCCCUUGCAUUCAACAGUCAAAUCUGCCAGAACUGAUGACCUGAGUUAACAGCUCCGAGUGUCCAGCAAAAGGCCUCGGUCAAGUACCUGCUGCAGCAGGUGAACUGUGGCAGGGGCCUUGGUUCAAGGCAGGAGUCCCGGAGUAAGGCAGAAGUUUAGAGCACAGUGUUCACUGCAGGUUCCCCAGCAGAAGCAGUGGUAAGACAGAACUGGUGCUGGCCUGUGUGGAUGGGCUCAGUUGUAGACCUGGAAAAGCGUGAGGAACCUGAUGAGCAGGUACAAUUUCUUCCCUUUCCGAAGCACUCCAUCACAGCAUGCCUCAUCAGUUUCCACACAGACCUUCACAUUAGGUGGUUCCUGUCAGUUCCUGUACUUUACACAAAGCAGUUUUGUCUGGGUUUAUUUUUUCAGUACACUUAUUUCUCCAAAACACUGCACAGGCUCUGAGCAGAGAUCUCCUUGCAAUGCUGUCCUAUUGCUCCUCUGCUAUCUUCAGCAGCUGCUCCAGGUGGGCUUUCUCUGCACUGAGCUCUGCAUUUGUUCUUUCACACCAGUUCAGCUUCUCCUGGGCAGAGAUCUUUGCUCCCUCCAUCUCAUCCACUUUACCUGACAGAACUUCAUUCUCUUGCUCCAGCUGCAAUCACAGAAGCACAGAGGAAAUAAAAUACAGUAAGAUUUACUCUGUAGGAGGUUGGGCUUGGACAGGAGAAGGAACAUUUCCAUACUGUCUGAAGGCAAGAAGUCUGAAAAGCAGCAGCAGCUGGAGACAAAACAUUUGGCGAGAUCUCUGGUAACUCUGCUCACCUGCAACACAAGUUUGUUCAGCUGCACUUUAUCCAGCUCAAGAGCUUCAUUGAUACUGCUCAUCUUUGCUGCUGCAUCAUGUAGAUCAGCUGUUUCAGCACUCAGCUUAUUCUGAGCCCCUGUCAGCUCUGCUCCCGACUGCUCUGCCUGAAGAGACAAAAGAGAACAGUUCCAGUGACUGGAGAUGAGGAAUGCAUAGCAACAUACGCUAAGACAUCUAAUAGUGAUGCACACCAAGAUAAAAUAUCAACAAAGUCUGUGCUGCAGAAAUACCUCUAGUUAUAAGUGCUCAGCCUCCAGUGGUCAACUGUGAAGAACAUAGGACCUCCUUGCUCAACCAGCCAAGAGGGAAAGCACAGUAGAAGGCUUUUCUAGAUACAAUAGGGGUUAAACUUUAGCAGUUCUCGAGUCUUCCAAUUACGUAUACUAGAAAUGUGAAGAUGGAUGGAUGGAUGGAUGGAUGGAUGGAUGGAUGGAUGGAUGGAUGGAUGGAUGGAUGGAUGGAUGGAUGCCUGGAUGGAUGCCUGGAUGGAUGCCUGGAUGGAUGCCUGGAUGGAUGGAUGGAUGGAUGGAUGGAUGGAUGGAUAAAAACUGAAUUAAUGCAGCAGAGCCUGACUUUUCAGUUAUCUAAAGACAGAAAAACACUCCCUCAGUUUCCAAAUGACGUUUCCUUCUGGACCUGGGGAUUAUGAGAAACCAGAAGGAAUGUGAAGUUGUAUCUAAUGACUGUGCGGAACAACUUUUGUCUAUGUUGGGUACAUGUGUAAAAAUGUGAAACCAACAUGGAAAGAGCAUGAGACCAAAGGUUACAUACAAGCAUAGAACAUCCAUGCAAAUGACAAUAAGUGAAAUGAAAUAAUCUCACUGGGAUUUAAUGUUUAUGCAGGCAGAAACAAAGCUAAACAAAAAGGACAAAAUAACUUUUUUCCUACAAGUGGACAAAGUUGUGGGUUUUUUUUUCUUUAAAACAGAGUUUUAGUUUUUCAGCAUUUCCACUGUUCCUUGUUCCUUCAGAUACAGGAAUAUUGGAUAAAGACAGGGAACAGCACUUGUGUUAAAACAAGUGAAGUGUCCAAGACUUUCUUUGCAAAAAAAUAUUAUCAGGAGACCAUCAGAUGUCCUUUGGGCAUAAAGAUUACCAUGGUCUAUGGAUAUUUAAGAAAUAAUUCUGGAGUCGCAUAAGAUUUGGGUAAUGCAAUUUUUUCUGAGAAAGUCUGUGAUGCUAGGGACUUGAUUUUUUAUGAAAAGCCAUCAGGACAUUUAGAAUGCCAAACACAAGUGAAAUGUGGUUUGAAUCUGUUUCAGCAGAUGCUACCCUAGGAUGAGAUAAUGCACUUGCAUCUCUUGAGCGUCUGAGAGUCAUACGCUACCUGUUCCAAAACUUGGAUUCCUGUUGGUCAAUUUACAUGUCUGCAUUGAAACACACAUACAUGUCAUAUUGUCAAUAAAUAACUCGGUAUAUCCAAA